GGCGGUUGUUGCAGCUCGUAACACGCACUGGCGGGGCCACUGAGCCUGGGGGUGUCAUCUUUGCCUGGCUGUGCUCGGCAGCGCUUCCUCCAAGGAGACCCCCGGGAGCAGCAGUUUUGCUGCCAGGCGUGCGUCCUGUGAGGAGUUGGAUUUGAGCGUAGCUGGUUGGAUACCACAGCGAGCAGGUACGUCCACGCUGCAGGAGCCGCGGAAAAUGGUUAAUGUGGUGAAACGAAGCCGGUGCUCACCCACGGCCCCACGUAGGCACCUGGGAGACUGGGGGGAAGCAUGGGGUCCUCCUGUGAGGACAGGAGGGGUUUUUCUCUCCUUCACCUUUCUCAGUACAGAGGGGACUCCCCAGCCCGAACCUGCUGCUUCUGACCCUGGCGUGGAGGUUGCCCACCCAUCCCUGCUCCUCGCUCUCGCCUUGGCCCACGGGAGCCAGGUCCUAGGACGCUGAGCGCUUUGUGAACUCCCUGAGGACUAGAAAACCCUUUCCCCUCUGAUUUUAGGUUCAUACGAGUCCUUUUAGAUGGGGAAAAGAAAUGUCACUUAAAUACGAGUUAAAGAAAGGUUCCCGCGCGCAGCCAGCCAUUAGUACCUCCUGCUGCUUCCUCCUGGCAAUGACUCAGUGCCCUUGGAGCUGCAAAACCCCAGGGCUGCCGUGGGGAGAGCGUCUCGCCGGCCGCACGGCGCCCGCGUGGGCUCGGCGGGGAGGCCAAGGGGUUCCUCUGCCCCGUGGCUGCUGGGCAGCACUGGCGUGCCCGGGAGCGGGGGGCGGCAGGGCUCGAGGCCGGCAGAGGAGCUGCUUUGCCGGCGAGCCGCCACCAGGCAGCUGGAGCUUGGCUUACAGCCAGGAUGAUGGCACUUUGCCGCUUGUUUGCGGGUCAGCUUCCAGACCCUAAAAGUGUUGCGGGCAGGGAGCAGCUCCUCGUACAGCACGUGCCGUCAGCCGGCCCCGCCAGGACCGAGGUAACGGCGGCAGCGCCAGAAGCAGAGCACAGCCGCAAAGCCAUUGAACCGUUUGAAAAGGAAACACACACCGGGCUCUUUCAGGUCCCUGCAGAGCGGGUGAGAGCAGACAAGGGCUGUCCCAGGAGUCGGGGCAGGGAGGGCGUGCUGCCACUGCCGCGGGGCCCUGUGACAUCUCGCUGCACGUGGCAUAAGGGAUGCUGUGCCAGAGGCACGUGCAGGUGGUGCUGGCCCUGUGCCUGCUGCUGGUCCUGUGGCAAUGUCUCCGAGCCCCCACAGAUGGCCUCAGCCCCUUCCCUUGGGCUCCCUCCCUCCUUGUGAGCCCGGCCGCCCGCUGCACCGCCAGUGCCAACAGCUCCACGUGGUUCAACACCCGCUACGACAUGGCCGUGGGGCCCCUGCUGACGGGCACAGCCCACGAGCUCUCCUCCGAUGUGGUCCAGUGGUGGCUGACCCUGCAGGGUCCCCGAAAUGGCAUCCAGCUCCAGGCCAUAAUUCAGCAGCUCUUCAGCGUCCUCCCGGCCCCGACGGGCAGCGUGCGGGACCCGUCUCGCUGCAGGACUUGUGCGGUUGUGGGGAACUCGGGGCGGCUGACGGGGUCUGGCCACGGGCUGCGUAUCGACGCACAUGACUGGGUGCUGAGGAUGAACAGAGCAAAGAUUGCUGGCUUUGAGCAGGAUGUCGGCAUGAGAACAACCCAUCACUUCAUGUACCCGGAGAGUGCCGUGGACCUGGGGCCUGGUGUCCACCUUGUCCUUGUCCCCUUCAAGCCCCUGGACUUGCAGUGGGUGGCCAGUGCCUUCUCCACCGGAGAGCUCACGCACACAUACGCGAGAGUGAAACAGUUCAUCAAAGCUGACAGAAACAAGGUACUGAUCCUGAGCCCAGCUUUCCUCAAGUACAUCCACGAGAACUGGACGCAGCGUCGCGGGCGCUACCCCUCCACUGGCUUCACAGCCCUGCUCUUCGCCUUGCACGCCUGCCAGCAGACAGUGAAGGGAACUGGCACCACUACUGGGAGAAAAACCGCUGGUCCGGAGCCUUUCGCAGGACGAGGGUCCACGACGCUGAUGUUGAAUUCAGCCUCAUCGAGAGACUGGCAGCUGAAGGCAGGAUUUCAUUCUACAAAUGAUGUCUCCCCAGGAAACUGAAGCCGGGCUGUCAGUGCAAGAACCAGCAGCCCCCCCACACUGCUGGCAGCUGCCCUCAGCUCUUUAGCUUGCUUCUCCCCCGGCAGCGCACACGCCCUGGCUCACAGACCCCGCGAUUCCCAGCGUCUUGCUGCUGCUUCUGCUGGUCCAACCAGCUGGACACUGUGGGGGCCAGGAGGUGACACGCUCCCGCGGCACCAGGGCCGUUGCAUUUGGCUGGACACGGGGUGGACGUGGCUCUGCCCACGCUAGCUGGGAGAGAGGAAGGGGAGAUGGUGUGGCCGGAGGUGGGGGUGGAACCCGUGAGCUGCCGUGCACUGUCCCUGCGGUGGCUGUGAAGCUGUUAGGUACCAGCAGCAGGAGGUGACGGCAGCCGCUCAAACGUGGCUGGCUGCGUGUCGGAGAUGACAUUUCCACCCGCUGGCAGCUUCUGCGGGAGGUCUGCAGUUGUUCUUUGGGCAGGCGGAGAGGGGCAGCUUCCCUUCCUGUCUUUUUAUAACUAAGGAAAAAUUUUACAAGUUGUAUCAAAGAAGAAAGGGAAAAAAUCAAGCAUGCUAAGUCAGAAGAUGACAGAAUCAAGCACAACUGAAAUGAUCUUAUGUUGAAUAAACAUUGAAAACACAUGUGAAUCUAUUAUUAACAUUCGCUUUACUUUUUGAGCCCUUCCUGCUUUGAAAAGACAGCACAAUCUCAGCCCCACACUGCAGGACAAGACAGUAGACGCUGCAGCCUUCACGUCCCAAAGGUUUUCUCCUCCAGAGCAGAGUUCGCAGCAUCUCUUUUCCUCCUUUCCAUCGCAAACAUGAACAUCCUCAAAUCAGACUCAGCUUUUCCAUAGCCAUUAGUGACUCGGUCUUUCAGUCUACUAAAAGCACCAGAUCUCUCCUACUCAAAAGCUCCCGUUUUGUAGCAGAAGCUUCUAUUACUUCACUAUUAGCUUCAUUCAUUUCCGACC